UGGGCCUUCAGCUGGAUCUAACGGAAGGAGCGGUCAACAGGGAGCAGGGGCACGACACCGUGAUGCAGAGGAUGCUGGCACGCGCUCGUCUCCCUUGCUCGAACAGAAGGAGAGGCAACACUGCUCCUAGAGUUGACGACAAGGGGAUGGCGGCGCUCAUGGUGGACCCCAGCAACGCGACGAUGGAGGCGGGGCGGGCGAGCUCGUGCUCGAGCGCUGAAGAAGAUGGUGCGGCGACGAAGUUGAAGCGCUUGACGAGCUCGGGCUCCACGGCCAGGAAUCGGGCUUGGCAUGAGUGCAGACAGCGAGGGACGGCGAUGCUGAGGACUUGGCGGCGGGGAGCCAGUCCCUGGCGGUGGGUGUCGUGGGAGUGAGUCUGACAGUAGGAGUAGGGGGUACGUAGGAGGAGGCAAGGUCCUAGGUACGGUGAGAUUGUACAUGCACGUUUACGAGUUCAGGCCCCUCUCGGAGGAGGUAACAGCCCUACGUCUCGGUGCCCGAAGGCUUGUCGACUGGAUUAUGCAUGGAAGUUACAGGGGGUGCGAACCCUUGUGCCCGAGGAGGGGUGUGGCUUAUAUAGAGUGCGCCAGGCCCCUCACAACCCUCAGUUACAUAGGGUUCAAUGUGAGUUAAGGCAGGGGCGUUACUGGUAAUGCUAGCUAUUAAUGAUCUUUAUGACUAAGGAGUGAACGCCUAACCGUUGCCAUCCUGGGGUGGCUUUAGAUCUUCUGUACUCUGAGUGAUUCUUCGUACGGUCGAGUGACUCUACUGCGGUCGAGUGGAAUUGGGGUUUACGAGUGGAAUCUUCUGUCGAGUUGAUUGCACUUCAAGGUGAUUUCAGUCGGUACCCUCUGUUGGACUUUGAAUGUCUUUGACUCUAGGGAAGUGUCCUUGUGUAGGGUGUCUAGGUCAGGCCUAAGACCCUACCCCAGGUACAUGUCAUCGUCGUUAGCCCCCGAAUGGAUUGAGGUCCGAGUGAAGAAGGGUUGAAGUUGGUUCCGAUUUGAUUCCAUGCUUCAGAGGCAUUUUAUAGAAAUCCGGAAAGCACACUAGUAUUUUAACCAUGCCUGAGUCGCCUUGAUCGAUUCUGGUUGCUAAGAUCACCGAGUGAAUUAUGCAGUAAAUCUUCAAGUGAAUCAGAGCAUGAAAUCUUUGACGUGAUUGAAUGUCCAGCGGUCUCCGGAUCUCGCGGGAUUUGAAAUUUUGGAGAAGCGCGCGGGAGGGGUGUGGCGUAGUAAACGGAACGAGCAGAUAGGGACUCCUCGAUUUUUGUGCCACCUUUUUCGCCACGUAUCAAGCCAGCUCCUGCGACGGGAUGCGAUAAGAUUGUUUGGGCCCACGGGUCAGCCACUCGGAAGUAGCCCCAUAAAAAGCGCCAAGGUCGAUGCGAGGCACUGUGCACUUCAUUCGACCCCAUUUCUCUCUUCUUCUCUACCUCGCUUCUCUCUGCUCUCCACGCCUCCGCCCGGACCUCUGAAGCUCCACCACAAUGGUGAAGGAAAAUACUGCGGCCCCGGAGCGCGUAAAGAAGGCAACGACGGCAGUGAAGGGCAAGAAGACGCCAAUGGCUUCGUCGUCGCGGUCUAGUCUGCCGCCUGGUUGGAUCUAGGGGAACUGGAUCCACUCCACCAUCGUGAAGGAGGACUUGGAAAAUCUUGCCCAUGAUGGCCUGAUUGCUCAUGGGUCCUGGAGGUUGCCGGGGAAUGAAUCCGAGCUCCAGCCGUGCGAGGGUGAGUGCGUUCUUCUCACCACCCAUGUCGAGCGAGGUUUUUCUCUGCCCCCGCACCCAUUCUUUUGGGGCUUUUUGAACUUCUUUGGCGCCCAGAUCCACCACUUUCCUCCCAACAUGAUCUUGUAUCAUGCCGCGUUUGUCUCAAUGUGCAAAAACUUCUUGGGAUGCCAGCCACACUGGGUCUCUUCAAACACAUAUUCACCUGUCAUUCUGAGACGGUUAAGAAAGCUAACCCAGAUGACAAAAAGACGCACGUGAUCCAGAUGUGCAGGGGGUUAGGGAUCCAAAUGAGAGGUAGGAGUUCUUUUCCUCCCGUGACCUUUCCUGAGUCAGUCAGGGGAUGGCAGUCGACUUGGUUCUACUGCAAGGACAUUCCGACUCCUGGUCAGUCGACUGGCCUUCCCCCUUUCACUAUGGAGAGACUCCACACCCCUCGUUCACUAGUUGUAGCUCCGGAGGAGAAGGGGGAGGUGCGAAUGUUGGUCGACACCGUUGUUGUGUUGGUUCAAGGUGGAGUGACGGGUAUGGAUCUGUUGGAGGUAUUCCCCACUCAACGCAUCUAGCCCUUGAAGGCCCGUGACCAACCUAUGUGGAUGUACUCGGGUCCAGAGGGCACCGCUCGAACCCAACCGGAGGAGGUUGACAAGGAUACGGUGGCUCAGUGGCUCAGGAGCAUUACUGGCAACAAGGACAACCCCAGAGGGUCCAGGAGGAUUCUGCCAUUCGACGCCAACAAUGCUCCAUGAGAGGUUUUCACCAAGUUGUACUCAAUGCCGAACGGAGAGCAAUACCAAGAAGGAGUUGAUAGUGAUGGCGAGAGCAGUGAUAAUCAGUAUGCAGAUGACAGCGAAGAUGAUAGUGAGGACUCGAGCAGUAGUAGCAAAGAAGUUGACUCACCGCCCCGCUCGGGCGUCGUUCCAAACAGUCGCAAGACCCUGCAGGGGGACGUGGCAAAGCUGCUGCAUCAAGUGCAAAGAUUCCAAAAUGCACUCGGAUGUCGACUCCCGAGCCAUUAGAGAAGGUCGUGAAGCAGGCCAAAGUUGCCCCGCCCAAACCUCAGAAGGCCUUGCCUAGGAUCAAGGUGGUUGUGCCUGUGACUUCAGCUGGUGCUACUUCUGUGACAUCCAUGGACAUCGACGAGGAGCAUGGUGACGCGGAAACCGCGGAUGCAGCCACCUCUUGGGAAGCACCAAUGGAUAUUAUCCAGCUUCCUGACGAUGAAGACGAGGAUGUGCCUCCGAAAAAUGUUGGGAGGAGAGGCAGAACUUUGAGCAAGAGGGUACCUGGAGCCAGAACGCCUCGCUCGGCAUCUGAACCCGUGGUCCAACAACUCAACGAUCCAGUACGAGCUUCAAUCUCCUUUGCCAAUCCUUUGUCAACUGACCAACCCUCAACGUCGACUGCUCAAGCUCCAGACCCGAUUAUGCAAGUUCAGGCUUCUACUCCACCGGCCACGCCACCUAUUCCAACAUCUCUUAUAUUUGCUACGCAUCACGUCUCGGAGGACCAAGUAGGGGCUGCCAAGGAGGCCAUGAUUCAGGCAGGUCUGAUGAUGGACCGGCUGAAGGUGGUGUAUGACACCAGCAAGGCUGCCUAUGACGCGAGCUCUGCUCUCCAAGCCAAUGCCCGAAAAUCUUGUGAGCUUGGGACUCAAUAUGCUGCUUUGGAACAGGAGAAAAUCCAACUCAAGCUCGACCUGGAUCAGGCCAAGGAGAACUUGAAGAAGGCUUAGGAUGAAGUGGCAACCAUGGGAGGUAAUGACUCGUCGAUUGCAUGCCUUGUUAUUUUUUCCUUUCCACCGUUUGAACCUAGUGAUUCCACUCGAACAAAUGUGCGUAAUGAAAAUCGUCAACUCCAAGCUCGUCCGAGGAAUGUUAUUUCUUUAGACAAAAUGAAGGAGGAUCUGGAGCAGAAGGACCUUGAUCUUGCUGUGGCGCACAAGACAGCGCGUGAGAAGACUGAACUUGCCAACCAGAAGCUGCCUUCGGUCGGAAAGUUGGAAGAUGAGAAUGCCAAGAUGAAAACCGUUGUCGACGAGGCGAAGAAAGAGGCCAUGCAACUGAAGGAGGAGAAGGUGGCUUUGUCUGACAAAGUGGAUGUUCUCACUCAGAAGAGGGACGAGCUGGAAACUUAUGUGGGUAGUCUCGCCAAGAAGAUGUUCCUCAUUCUUGAAGAGUUUUGUCAGAAUUUUGAGGAGGAAACCGGGCGGAUCGAGACAGGACUGGACCCCAUCAAUUCUCGCAUCAAGGAUGAAGCUGCCAUGAACGUGCUGUGACUGGAAUCUCGCCUUGCCAGCAUCUUGGACUACGUCGCCCGACUAAAAGUUGUAAUGUCUCGGACCGACAAGGAGCUCUGGCCAGAGGAUGUGCUUCUGAAUGACCUCAAGUCACUGAUGACUCAACUCAACGACAUUCCUGACCGAGUGCAAGCCUGGAAGAAGUCAGUUGCAUGCUGCGAUGCCGAUAUGGCUCUAUCACUCGUCCGUGUUCAUUGCAAGGACAACAAGGAAGAGAAGCUGAAGGCUCUUCAGGUGGCUACCACCAAGAAGCAUCAAUUUCAAUCUUUCAUGGAGACCUUCAUCGAUGCGGCCACUCGCAUCACAGACGGUAUCGACCUGGACACUUUUGUCGAGCCAGCAAGUCCUCCUCCCGUCGAGUCAAAAACUUGAUAACUUGACUUUAUUUGCCUCGGAAUGCCAAGUGAUUUUGUAACCGUUAAACUCUUUCGGGCCUGAUGCCCGAAUACUUUUUCUUAUGGUGCUGAACCUUGUUGGAUUU